AUGGCGCCUCUACAACCACCUAUGGUUUUAUUUCUUAUUGACUUGGCUUUGUUGCAGUAUGAGGACCCACAGAGGCAGGAGGCUGCUCGAAAGACAGUACCUACUGAUAAGCUUGAGGAGAAAGCAUUGAUUUCAUUGGCCAGGGAGGGAAACUUUGAGCCAACAAAAAAUGAACAAGACCAUGCUUUCUUGCUGCAGCUUUUAUUCUGGUUUAAGCAAUCAUUCAGGUGGGUAAAUGCGCCUCCCUGUGAUAGUUGCGGUAAUGAAACUAGAAAUGAGGGCAUGGGCACUGCAAAUCCUUCAGAACUGCAAUAUGGUGCUUCAAGGGUUGAACUUUAUCGAUGCCAUUCAUGCUCAAAUGUUACCCGUUUUCCUCGAUACAAUGACACAUUGAAGCUCCUGGAAACAAGGAAGGGGCGCUGUGGGGAGUGGGCCAAUUGCUUCACACUCUAUUGUCGAGCUUUUGGUUAUGAAUCACGCUUGGUUUUGGACUUUACAGAUCAUGUAUGGACAGAGUGCUUCUCACUUUCCCUGGGAAGAUGGAUGCAUCUUGAUCCUUGUGAAGGAAUUUAUGACAAUCCAUUACUAUAUGAGAAGGGGUGGAACAAGAAAUUGAACUAUGUGUUUGGCAUUGCUAAAGAUGGAGUCCAUGAUGUCACUAAGCGCUACACAAGGAAAUGGCCCGAGGUUCUUGCUCGGAGGAACUUAAUUACAGAGCCUGCACUCUCUGCUUUUCUCCGUAACAUAACUAGAGAAGUAAGGAAAAAUUUAUCCUCUCAAAUGCUUUCAGCUUUGGAAGAACGUGACAGGAAUGAAACAGAAGCCAUCGAGAGAGAUUUAUACUCUAAAGAAGAUUCUACAAUUUCCUUACCUGGAAGAUUAAGUGGGGAUAAGGAAUGGCGCAUAUCGAGAUCUGAAACUGGUCCUGAUCAAAAUUUAUCCCUCAGCUCUUCAUCUUGUCCAGUUCGUAGAUGCAUAGAUGUACAUGUGACUAAGAUCUACAAUGCCUUCUCUCCUAUUAUUUCUAAGCUAGUAGAGGAUUCUGCCUCAAAAACAAAAGCUAUUGACGUCCUUACGAUUUUCAGAAGGAUGUUGGUUGAUCUCAAGAAUUCCCCUUUUAGAAACAGGAGAACUUCUUUAAGCUCUGUUUCAGAUAGUUCCCUAUAUUUUGCCAAUAAGAUGCUGCCUUCUUUUGGUCAAUUACUUGAAGCUUUAUCAUUGAAGAGUGAUUUGGGCAUAAAUGGUAGGAUUGACAUAUGCUUAGCUGCCGAUCCUGUGAGAACCGCCGUUGCACUGCCUGUCGUGUUCCAUGCUUUGGAUGAUGUGAUCUAUAAUGUUAGUCAAUGUAAUAAACUUGAUAAAGAUUCACUUGCUUGGCCACUUUUGAAGUUGAACAGAUUAUGUUCUGGUCUAGUGCAAGCUAGUGGGGAGGAGCUUCCUUUUGGAAUUGCAACAUCUGCAUUUGAUGGAACACGGAUGUCAAAGUGGGAAGAACCAAAUGGGGCAAAAGGUUGUUGGAUCUUAUAUCAAGUUAAUGGUGAAGAAAUGCAUGAGCUUGUGGCAUAUGAAUUCAUGUCAGCUAAUGAUGUUCCAGAAAGAGAUCCAAAGGACUGGGUUAUUGAAGGAAGCACAAAUGGAGGGUCUAGCUGGCAUGUUUUAGACAAACAAACUAACCAGAUAUUUGAUAAGCGUUUCCAGCGGAAAACAUAUACUGUCAAAUCACAAAGUUUCCUAGCAAAUGCUUUCAGGAUAAGAUUUCUUGCAGUUCGAGAUGGGAAGGAAAAUCCGCGGUUUCAAAUUGGCAGUAUUGAUCUGUAUGGAAGAUGCAGUUAAUAUUUCAGGCUGGAAUCAUGUAAACAUAGGCAUUAUCCUGCUUUCAAGAAACUCCAAGCUUAAAUAACUCUGGCUUCCCAAUUGGCUUAUUUUUGUGAUUGCGAUUAAAAAUUAACAUGUAUUUUAUUGGUUCACAUUGUAAUAUUGACUAUGUAUGGUUCUCGGUAUAAUGAUUGGUAAUUUGAGAUUAUCUUUUGUUUAGUUUAA